CGCUAACCGCGGCGGGUAAAAUGAAAGCUGUUAGCAACCAACCGACAGCCCUUAGCAACCGGUUAGCUUUGUUAAACACGCGGUUAAACUGAUGAAUAAAGUUACGGUUUAUCUUCAGACGGAGACUUCAGUUGUAUGUUCGUCUCAAGUUAUUUUGCGGACAUAUUUUUUUUAUUCUUUCAACUUUAAGUUUUGAGUUAGUGCACUGACAGGUGGAGUGUAGAGCUAGCAUGUAAACAAAGCACAGACUUUGAAUGAACGACACUCACCUGUAGGAUUUGCACUGUUCACAGUCUUCAAACAGAAACCGUCAUUCUGAUUGUUGUUCUUCAUUGUGAUAGCAGGAUUUGAACAUGAGCUCUGUCAUGGAUGAUCCGACCCUUGAGAGGCAUUUUAAGGGUCACAAAGAUGCCAUCACAAGCUUGGACUUCAACUCUAACAUGAAGCAAAUAGCCAGCGGCUCCAUGGACGCGUGUGUCAUGAUCUGGAACAUGAAGCCUCAGAUGAGGGCCUACAGGUUUGUGGGACACAAGGACGUGGUGACGUGUGUCCAGUUCUCACCCUCUGGUCAUCUGGUGGCCUCCGCAUCCAGAGACAAGACAGUCCGGCUCUGGGUGCCCAGUGUGAAAGGGGAAUCAACAGUGUUUCGAGCGCAUACGGGAACAGUGCGCAGUGUGAGCUUCUCCAGUGAUGGACAGACACUCCUCACCUCCUCUGAUGACAAAAGCAUCAAAGUCUGGACCGUUCAUCGACAGAAAUUCCUCUUCUCCCUCAACCAGCACAUCAACUGGGUGCGCUGUGCCAAGUUUUCACCGGAUGGCCGUCUGAUCGUCUCUGCCAGCGAUGAUAAAACUGUGAAGCUGUGGGACAAGAACAGCAGAGAGUGCAUUCAUUCAUUCUGUGAGCACGGCGGAUAUGUGAAUUACGCUGACUUUCACCCGAGCGGCACUUGUAUCGCAGCUGCCAGCACAGAUAACACAGUGAAGGUGUGGGACAUUCGCACACACAAACUCCUGCAGCACUACCAAGUUCAUAGUGCGAUGGUGAACAGCCUGUCCUUCCAUCCAUCUGGAAACUACCUUAUCACAGCCUCCAGUGACUCCACGCUGAAGAUCUUGGACCUGCUGGAGGGCCGACUGUUGUACACGCUCCAUGGCCAUCAGGGUCCUGCCAGCUGUGUGGCGUUCUCAAGGACUGGAGACUUCUUCGCCUCGGGUGGUUCAGACGAACAGGUGAUGGUGUGGAGGACUAACUUUGACAGUGUGGAUUACAGUGAAGUGCUGGAGCAGAAAGGUACUCGAGAUGAGAAAACUUCAGUUCGCAGCCGGCCAUCAGCUCAGGAGUCUGAAGCCGCUGGUCUGUCUGAUGGCCGUACCUCACAGAAGAGUGGCAGCACAGCUCCGGUCAGACCCGCCAGUGUGGACGGCCCGCCUAACGCCCAGCAGGACAGCAUUCCCGCUGCACUGACCAGCACCCUUCAGCACAUUGUAGGACAGUUAGAUGUGCUCACACAGACGGUGGCCAUUUUGGAGCAGCGAUUGACUCUGACAGAGGACAAACUGAAGGAGUGUAUAGAGAUGCAACGUCAGUCCAUAGCUGAAAGCUGAACCAACCAUCUUCUGGAGCUACAGCUACCUCACUGUCACCAGUUUACAGCUCACAAACCAUCUUCAAAACUUGUCCAAACGUGUGUUAAAUAUCCGCAGUGAUAAGAAUGAAUAAAAUGAGAGAGAGUCUUUACUAUUUGGUGGCAGAUGCUCAUGCAGAUUUUUGCAGUAACAGCAGUGUGAGGAUGGAGGAUUGUGCUGAGUGUGGACGUGCUGCAGGCCGUAGCAUCAGCUCUACCCAUAAUCCAUCCUAAAACCACAAACUGAAACUCAUCCUUGGCUGAAAUCUGAUAAGAGAAAUCAAAACAUGAAGCCUCAUUUCUGUACUUUUUUGAUAGGCAGUUUGUGUUUGCCCUGUUUUAAAUUUCCAAGUUGUCAUUUUCUUAUUCACGUUUGCUGUCAUCUUCUGAGUAGCUAACUACUUCUUAUUUCAAAUGAAGCUUUUGUUUUGUAAGCCUUAGUUUUGAUGUUUCACUUUUUGUCCAUGCCAGUAAAAUGUGUUUGUUUAC